CUUCUCAUCUGGAUUUUACGCGUAGCUCGGUCCACGCCCACAUUGCCCACCCCCUCCCAGCUGCAGCACCCCGCACGCAUUCAGUUGUAGGCUUUUAACGACGGACACUUGUCAUCUUUUCCCCUCACUUCAGAUUGUCAAAUCUCGUUUGUCUUUCCUCUUCCAUGGCCGCGCGUGCUGAGAUUUGCGUUCAGCAGUGCAAUAGUUAAUGAGUGCCGGAUGCGCCCUCACUCCAGCAGACCGCUACAGUACGAAGAUGGCGUCGGAGGGAGCCAGCGGAGAGCAGCCUCCCCCGGUACAAACACUGGCAACCACCGUGCUGGGCAGCGUUGACACGAAAUGUGAGUUCAACAUGGAUAACCUGAGCAAACCGGAGCUGCUCACCCUGCUGAGUAUCAUGGAGGGAGAGCUGGAAGCCCGAGACCUGGUCAUAGAGGCCUUGAGAGCUCAGCGGAAGGAGGUUUUUCUUCAAGAACGGUACAGCCACUACAGCCUGACUGACCCCUACCUGGCACUUCAGAGGGACUUCGAAGGCGGGGUCCCCGGAGGAGACAAGGAACGGCGUCCCCUAGGGUCCAGCCCCAUCUCCAUCUUGGAGGCCGUCAUGGCACACUGCAGAAAGAUGCAGGAACGCAUGUCAGCCCAGCUGGCUGCUGCCGAAAGCCGUCAGAAAAGGCUGGAGAUGGAGAAACUGCAGCUCCAGAGUUUAGAGCAGGAGCACCGCAAGCUGACGGCACAGCUGAAGGAUGAGCGUGAGAAGAACAAGCAUAUUGUCAUGAUGCUAGUCCGAGAGUGCAAGCAGCUUGCCACACGGGUCGUAGAGGAGUCACAGCGCUUUGAUGAACUCCAGGCUCGCCUGGAUGAGGAGAGUCGCACCUCUGGCCGACUCCAGGAGGAGUUGAGCUCUGAGCGCCAGCGCAGCCAACAGAUGGAGGCAAAGAUGGAGAAGCAGCUGUCAGAGUUUGACACGGAGCGUGAACAGCUGCGUGCAAGGCUGGGCCGUGAGGAGUCAGAAAGCCUGAGUCUGCGGCAGCAGGUGGAGCAGCUCAGGACUGAAAGGGGUGAAGGCAAGGAUGGAGCUGGUCUGCCUGCUGCUAGUAGACCAGAACCUGCUGCUGCCACCAGUACGCCACCCAAACCUAAAGCUCUGACGUCUGUUUCUGUAGCUACAGAGCCCAUUAGUUCUCGAACAGCGUCUUGCCAAACGGACCUGCCUCCCACAGAGGUGGAGGGUCCUAAGAAGUCCCCUCUCACUAUACCUGUCAAACCAACCCCUGCCAACUAUGUGGGCCUGAGCCUGCCAAAGACGACUGGCCGGGGGAUCGUCCACAGCAGCUCAGGAGGACUGGCACAGACAGAAAAUGGCUCAGAGGGCAAUGCCCCCCACGGCUUACCCAGCGGGGUCAGUCCCCGUGUCCAGGCUGCCCGCUACAAGUUCCAGGAACAGGACCAAAAUGGCACGGCAUCCCAGAGUCCUCCAGCUCGUGACCUUUCUCCCACCAACCGCGAUAACUUUGCUGCCAAGCAGCAAGCACGUCACACCGUCACGCAGGUCCUCUCACGCUUCACCAGCCCUCCUGCAGGAGGGACUGGACCCCUGCGUCCAGGCCUGCCCCAUUCUGCCUCAGAGGGAGGCCCUUUUCCCAGCCGCCUGAGCCACCCUAUUGGCCUCAAGUCUCCCACGGUGGCUAGGAUCGACAGGGGAAACCCUCCUCCUAUACCUCCCAAAAAGCCAGGGCUUUCCCAGACACCUUCUCCUCCUCAUCCACCCAUCAAGGGAGUGGGGGACAGCAGCCGCACCCCUGGGGCUGGGUUAAAACCAGCCACACCCCAGCUGCCGCCAAAACCGGCCUUGGACCUGGUCCCAGCCCUGACGGCCUCUCAGGUGGGUGCCUGCCCCCCGUGCCGUUCCCCAGGGCCUGGCCGGGGCCCUCAGCGGCAUCCAACAGCAGCAUGUUCAGAGUGCCCCCCAGUCAUCAGCUCUGCCACCACUGUCAGUAGCCCCUCCUCCAUAAACCCCCCCUCCACCUCCUCCUCCAUUAGUGCUCCAUCCUCCUGUAGUCCCCGUGCCUCAUCAGGCAGCCCCCUGGCAACAGCAUCAGGUAAAGGGGCUCCUUUUUGCUGCAUCUCCCUCCAAUUCUGCCCACUGCCUCUUUUCUUUACCUGUCUUUCCAAGAUCCUAGCCUUGCCUAGCUUAGCACAGCAUAAGGAUCAGUUCACAGGAAAACUGGUAUAACUGCAGAAACGACACAUGGGUCAGCUCGGUUUAUGUUCUUGCCACCCCAACCCUGAAAAGCCUUACAAGAUCCAAUGCUACUCACUGCAUUUUCUCUCAACUUAUCUCUCCUUCUCUGCCUUUAAUGUGCCCUCCCCCUGAGCACCUUUCAUCUCCCAUGAUGUCACAUUAGACAUGUCAGCAUCAGUAUCAGCAGCAGACAUUUAGAUCAUGUCACUAGGAUGUGUCUGACUGUUGCUCAGAAACAAGAGGUUAACAAAAGGAGAAUUUCAGGGUGAACUGAGACAGGCCAGCGCCCCUCCCGAUGCUCUCUUGUAUUCAUAUUGGUUUGUUGGGCUUUCUAAAAAUAACCCCCUAUCCUCUCUGAAGCUGAUGCCAGAGACUGCUCUCUCCUUCCCUUCCCCCUUUCCAUCCUCCAGUAGCAUGCAAUGAUUACUCCUCCACUUCCUGCACUCCUUCCUGUUUCAGCUUCCAUUAACUAGUCUGACUGACUGUUUGCCAUUGACAGCACUCUGUAUGCAACUUGUUCGCUUUGAUAUAAAUGUUAGCUUUUAUAUUCACUGUAAUGUGAUUUUCAUGCUUUUAUUGGUUGCACUGUGUGGUGUGAUUAAAGUUAGAUCCAGCUUAUUAGAACUUUGGUAUUAUUUUGAUGUUUAGGUUCAAUAUUUCUGUAUUGUCUGGUUGAAACACUUAGUAAUGUCUGUUUUCACAGAUUUCCACCAGGGUAUAGCAAAAGCUACAAAACCAUGACCAUGAUAUAUAUUUAAUAUAUAUCAUAUAUAUCAUAUAUGCAUUAUAUAGUGAUCUAUCUGUUCAUGUAACUGUAUGUUUUGGCAAGAGCAAAACGCCUUAAAUGGAAAAGCACCUUAUAUUUAAGAAUCUGUCAUGCAGCUGAAAAACCUGACUAUGUUUUUAUGGCCAUAUCUUACUUUUUUUCUUCUUUUUUUGAAAAUAGCAUAUCCAACACCUUUAUUGCCAGCCUUUAUGAAAUUCUUGCAUUCGAUUGCAGCAUGUCCCACUUACAAAUGUGACAAAGCUUGUGGAGUAGUAUGAAAGAAAUCCUUCCACACUUUGACUUAUUUAUCACAGUUAUAAGCCAAACCAUAAAGUCAGCUGUCAGCAUACAUGUUUCUGUAGCUUUUGUUUUUAUCCUACUUUUGCACCAAAACCACAAAAAUUCCAACCAGAACAACUGCUGGGGCUUUC